AUGUUCCUCAUACUGCGCGACCCGCAUCUGACGUCGAUGCUGCGCGACGUCCGCGGCCUACUGUGCUGCAGCUACGGGUCUCGCAUAAGUUUCCGCAAGUACGACCGGAGCGCCCGGCGCCGGUGCCACGAGUGCCACUUUUGCCGCGUCAGCGCGAGCGUCCUGGAGGUGGCGAGCCUGAUCAGCCGCGUUAUCGCAAGUGGCUUCCGCCACCUCACUGUGUUCUUGUAUCUGGAGGAGGAGCGCUACCUUCACUCGACGUUCGUUCUGGACUACAUCCACUCGCUCUACGCUCUCGUGAUCCAGACGUGCUCCAGCCACGGGGCGCAGAAUGGAUUAGGUGGAUCCGAGGACGCUGUGGGAGUGCUGAACCCCAACACGCACAACCUAACGGUUCUGCCUCUGCACGACUGGCGGUUGCUUGUUGAGAACGCGCCGCUGUGUUCGGGCUCGUCGUCCCCGAGCAGCGCGCGAUUUUUGCACGUCGCGGGCACGAAGUAUCUGUUUGAGGACGUUUUUGAUGAGCUUCGCCCCUGCUCACGGUCAGACUUGAGUGCGCGCAGAUUGCCGUCGUGCGACUGCUGCAUCGGGUGUCGUCCGAACUUGAAGUUGGAGGAGCCCAUGCCGCAGGUGUCGCAUGACGCGUCGGUAUCAAGGCUGUUCUCCAACGUUGGAACCGGGGCGUACACGUACCGCUCCGGUUCGUGGUUGUCCGACGCCGGGCGUGAGACGUUGGCCCGUACGCAGUCGGAGAACUUUGGUGGCGAAUUGGCGGUGCAGCUGGCAUCCUGUACAUGCAGGAGCUCUUCGGAUGCCAGCAGCACGUCCGAAUAUUCCAGGUUUAAUGGACUGAACGGCCUGCACCACCCCUCCACCUCCACCACCUCGGGGGAUGCAUCGAUUGAAUUCCACUCAGGUAUCGACGAUGAGGUUACUGGAGAGUCUGUGGACAAGAAAACGCGAGUUCGCAGGUCUGAUAGCUACAGUGUCGACGAUUUGGGCUCUGCCAACAGGGCGCCGCCGGACACCAAUUCGGUUGGACCAUCUGCUGUGAACGGUUCGAUCGGCGGUGAUGAGGAGCGCGUUACCGACUACCCACUGGACCACGCGUCCUCAUUACCCUCGCCAAAGGUGCACCGGUCGAAUUCUCCCGCAGAGACGGGCGACUAUACCAGGAGCUUUUCAUGCCGCAACGCCGGCGACCGCGAGCUGCUGUCCAAGAUCAGUGAGGUGGACUGUCUGGCCGUGUACGACCCGAAGCACGACGACGCGAUCCGCGAGGUGUUGUUCUUCGACAACGUCAUGUGCUGCGGCACCUUCGACUGCCUGCACUUCGGACACAAGUACCUGCUGCUGUCGGCGUUUCUGAGCUGCCGGAGUUCGAUGCAGAUCGGCGUGACUGCUUCCGACGCGCUGCUUAGCAAGAAGCAGAACUUUUCGCUGAUCCAAAGCCUUGAGAAGCGGCGUGAGGCCGUCGAGCGCUACAUGCGCGUGCUGCGGUAUCUGUACGGUUCCCGGAGGAUGCUGUCGUCGCCGCUGUUGGACCACUUCGCCAACGGCAGCCGCGUGAUGAGCUACCACAAUUGCGACUUUUUCGCAUACCCAUUUACUCCCGUGUUGCUGCCAGAUUGCGGCGAGCUAUCGUACAGUGAGUAUUACGCCGACAACCCGCCGCACGACGCCGUGCCGGCUGACAGCGCGGAUGCCCUGCGCCCGUGCGUGACUACGUUCGAGCUCAUGGACAUCUACGGCCCCGCAGCUGUGCUGGAGGAGACGUUUGCGCUCGUGAUAUCGCCAGAGUCGCUGCCCGGUGCCGAGAAGGUGAACGACCUACGCCGCUCGAAAGGAUUGUCGGUGUGGCCGUUGUUGUCCUCCGGGUUCGUGCUGCACCCGGAGUCUGACUGCACUCGCAAGAAGGUACACAAGGUGAGCUCCUCCCGCAUACGCAGCUGCAUGAAACCUAGCGCCUAG